GGGGGCCCGGCUCGGGGGCGGUGCCGCCGCCGCGUUGGUUCCUGCUUCCCGGGCAGCCCGGGGGAUGCGCGGUGCUGCCCGGCACCCGCACGGCUGAUCUUCCCUCAACGGCGGUGCCCAUGGCGGCGGAGCCGCAGCCCAAAGCGCUUACCCGCAAGCCCCUCCUGCUCAACAAAGUGGAGGGCUCUCAGGAGGUGGUGAAUAUGGCAGCGAUCGUGCCCAAGGAGGACGGGGUCAUCAGCGUCUCCGAGGACAGGACGGUUCGUGUCUGGCUGAAGAGAGACAGUGGACAGUACUGGCCCAGCAUAUACCAUGCAAUGCCAUCUCCAUGUUCAUGCAUGUCUUUUAACCCGGAAACCAGAAGGCUGUCCAUAGGUCUAGACAAUGGUACAAUCUCAGAAUUCAUUUUAUCAGAAGAUUACAACAAGAUGACACAAGUGAAGAGUUACCAGGCUCAUCAAAGCAGGGUCAUCAUGAUUCUGUUUGUCCUGGAGAUGGAGUGGGUGCUGAGCACCGGCCAAGACAAGCACUUCACCUGGCACUGUUCAGAGAGCGGACAGCGGCUGGGAGGUUACCGCACCAGCGCAGGGGCCUGCGGCCUGCAAUUUGAUGUGGAAACCCGGCACGUGUUUGUUGGCGAUCAUUCUGGGCAAGUAACCAUACUCAAAUUAGAGCAAGAGUCCUGCAGCCUGGUGACGACAUUUAAGGGGCACACAGGCGGUGUCACUGCUCUCUGUUGGGACCCAAUACAGCGAGUUUUGUUCUCAGGCAGUUCUGACCAUUCCAUUAUAAUGUGGGAUAUUGGAGGAAGAAAAGGAACAGCCAUCGAGCUGCAAGGACAUAACGAUAAAGUUCAGUCUCUCUCCUACGCUCACCACACUCGGCAGCUCAUCUCUUGUGGUGCCGACGGGGGAAUAGUUGUCUGGAACAUGGAUGUUGAGAGACAGGAGACCCCUGAGUGGUUGGACAGUGACUCCUGUCAAAAAUGUGACCAGCCUUUCUUCUGGAACUUCAAGCAAAUGUGGGACAGUAAGAAAAUAGGCCUCAGACAGCAUCACUGCCGCAAAUGCGGGAAGGCCGUCUGUGGCAAGUGCAGUUCCAAGCGCUCCUCCAUCCCGCUGAUGGGGUUCGAGUUUGAAGUGAGGGUCUGCGAUAGCUGCCAUGAGUCCAUAACAGACGAGGAGCGGGCACCCACAGCUACUUUCCACGACAGUAAGCACAACAUAGUUCAUGUACACUUUGAUGCCACCAGAGGAUGGCUGCUGACCUCGGGGACAGACAAGGUUAUUAAGCUGUGGGAUAUGACGCCGGUAGUGUCUUGAUGCAUCAGUGGAACUUGAAGGGUGACAUUUACAGAAGAAGCAGAUUUCCUAACCCUAAUCAUUCUGCAGAAGGUUGGUAACGCUGGGCGCAUAUGGCGGAUGAGAAAGGAACUCGUGUGUUUACAAUGAUUUAUGUCCUCUGCUUGAUCAAGGCCGAACAUUUGCACGAAGACUCUUUCCAUUUAUUCUCAAAAUACACAAGAAGGUAUUUUUUUAACUAAUAGUUUGUACGAUCCGACUCCGGUUGUCUUGAGUUUGUUUGGAGAAUCCGUGUGCAGUGCAAUGUUUAGUUUUUAUACAUCAUGAUGUCAGGAUACUUUGCUGCUUUGUACCGAGGGUUCUUGGUUUGUGUCUUACCGCAUCACUUGUCAGUGUAAGGCAGUCUGCUUUCCCCACCCGCGUGUUUGGGAUGUUCCUGCUGAUGGUGCUCACUUCAGCAGAAGAGCUCCAGGCACGGCCCUGCGCCUUCUCUGGUUUCAUCACCUGAUGGACUUGCAAUUCCUACCAAGGGCUCUACCAUCCUCUUGUCCAAGCAGACAUCAUCCAGAGAGCGUUUUGUUGUAGCUAAAGCACGGCUUCCUGCCACUUUCCUUGCUGCACCAGUUGCAAAACCCGGGGGCCAGGUUGCUUAGCAACUUAUUUCUACAAAAGCUGGAAUAGUUUUCUUGCUCGGAGCAUUAGAAGGAGCACACGGACCUGCUUGGAGUCUGAUGAGGCUGACAGGAGGAUUCAAAUGAAAUUACUGGCAUCAACAACUUUCAGGAGCGUAUGCAGGAGGGUGGGGGAGUGGAUCUAAAACUGGUCUGGGGUCGAGAAGUCUGUUUUACCUCUACCUCUACCUUGUGCAGCAGCAUUUCAGCAUUCGUACCUGCCUGUGUUGCUGAACAUUAAUUUGAUUUUCCUGUUUUCCAUACGGUUUGUCAUAUUUAUUUUUUAAAAUGACGAUGAUGUUUUUUAUUAAUUUCCUCUCUAGGUCAGAAACUGAUAUUGCUGAAUGACACUUGUUGUCCCAUUGUCAUAUUUGACAGUUUCUUUUAAGAAUAAAGAAGUGUUUAAAAAGC